GCUGCGCGGGCACGAUUUCUGGACCAAGGACAGCCGCUCGCGCUCAGCAUCAGGUCAUUGGACCCUAACAGCAAAGCAGAACCUCGGACCGUAGUCGUGUCAAGGGCACGGAGACAUGGAUCUCAUAAAUAUUGAGAAAACACAAGCUCUGCCAAAACAGAUUAAUCUAUGCGAAUUAUAGAAAGCAUUUUCUAUCGGCAAAGAAAAUCAACAGGAUUUACCCACCACAAACCAAACGUGUUAUUAUUAUUUUAAAACGGUAAAGUAAUACAGGUUUAGAGAUCAGCUGGAGUAAAAUCGAAGGAAGCACAUUCCUCUACUGGGCGGACUAAUGUAAUUGCAUUCCACUGGUAUCGCUGUUAGCACAGGGUCGAGAGGACGUGAUCCACGAAGACCGGUUAACUGGGUUGGCUACGACGCACAACCACUCUCAAUAGGAGACUCACUCUGGGUCCAGUUGUGUCGAUGUCAAUAUGCGUGUAUUUAUGCUUGUGUUUUUCAUCUCCUGCUCCUGUGCGGGUGGUGGAUGUGAACCAAAGAUCGUCAAUAUCGGAGCAGUCCUGAGCCAGAAGAGGUAUGAACAGGUGUUCAAGGACGCCGUCACACAGGCGAACACGCUGUAUGGGAAAGAUAAGUUCAAGAUGAACGCCAUCUCUGUCACUCAUAAACCAAACGCAAUUCAAAUGGCUCUCUCCGUCUGCGAGGACCUCAUCUCGAACCAGGUUUAUGCCAUUUUGGUGAGCCACCCACCACAGUCCAAUGACCACCUCACCCCGACUCCUGUGUCCUACACGGCAGGGUUCUAUCGCAUUCCGGUUGUGGGGCUCACCACCCGGAUGUCCAUUUACUCAGACAAGAGCAUCCACCUGUCUUUUCUGCGUACAGUCCCUCCAUACUCUCACCAGGCCCAGGUUUGGUUUGACAUGAUGAGGGAGUUUCGCUGGAACCACAUCAUUCUGAUUGUUAGCGAUGACCAUGAGGGCCGUGCCGCCCAGAAAAGGCUAGAGACCCUGUUGGAGGAGAGAGAGACCAAGAAUAAAAACAGGAACUAUGAAAACCUCGACCAACUGUCCUAUGACAACAAGCGAGGACCCAAGGCAGAGAAAGUUCUCCUGUUCAGCCAAGACACCAACCUGACGUCCAUGCUGUUGGAGGCCAAGGACCUGGAGGCCCGCGUCAUAAUUCUCUCUGCCAGCGAGGACGAGGCAGCGUCGGUCUACAAAGCAGCACGCCAGCUCAACAUGACGGGCUCUGGUUACGUGUGGCUGGUUGGAGAGAGGGAGAUGUCUGGUAAAGCUUUGAGUGAAGCACCAGAUGGCUUGCUCGGUCUUCAGCUCAUCAAUGGCAAAAAUGAGUCGGCGCACAUCAACGACGCUGUGGCUGUGGUGGCGCAGUCCAUUCAGGAGCUCUUUGAAAAGGAGAACAUCACGGAACCGCCCCGCGGCUGUGUGGGCAAUACGAACAUCUGGAGGACUGGACCGCUCUUCAAAAGAGUGCUGAUGGCGUCCAAGUACCCAGAUGGUCUGACAGGACGCAUCGAGUUUAACGAUGACGGCGACAGGAGGUUUGCUACCUACAGCAUUCUCAACUACCAAAAGACCCGACUGGUACAAGUGGGCGUCUUCAAUGGCACCCAAGUGGUGAUGAAUCCACAAAGGAAGAUCAUUUGGCCAGGAGGAGAGACAGAGAAGCCAAGAGGAUACCAGAUGUCUACCAGACUUAAGAUAGUAACAAUUCAUCAGGAGCCAUUCAUCUAUGUACAACCUACAACAAGUGAUGGAACAUGCUACAAAGAGAAAACUGUAAAUGGACUCAAAGAUGUCCAAAAAGUGAUAUGUACCGGUCCCAAUGGUACCAUCCCAGGACAGCCUAUAGUACCUCAGUGCUGCUAUGGCUUUUGCAUUGACCUCUUGAUUAAACUAGCGGAUACCAUGAACUUCACCUAUGAGGUUCAUCUGGUGGCUGAUGGGAAGUUUGGUACACAGGAGCGGGUGAACAACAGCAACAAGAAGGAGUGGAACGGCAUGAUGGGAGAACUCCUGGGUGGACUAGCUGACAUGAUUGUUGCUCCACUAACGAUCAACAAUGAACGUGCCCAGUACAUCGAGUUCUCCAAACCAUUUAAGUACCAGGGGCUCACAAUCCUUGUGAAAAAGGAAAUACCUCGCAGUACUCUGGAUUCGUUCAUGCAGCCCUUUCAGAGCACACUGUGGCUGCUGGUGGGUCUAUCGGUCCAUGUGGUGGCGGUGAUGCUCUACCUAUUAGACCGGUUCAGCCCAUUUGGAAGGUUUAAAGUGAACAGUGAAGAAGAAGAAGAGGACGCCCUUACCUUAUCCUCCGCCAUGUGGUUCUCAUGGGGAGUCCUUUUGAACUCUGGGAUAGGAGAAGGAGCACCCCGGAGCUUUUCAGCAAGGAUCUUAGGUAUGGUGUGGGCUGGAUUUGCCAUGAUCAUCGUGGCAUCCUAUACUGCCAAUCUGGCAGCCUUCCUAGUGUUGGACCGGCCUGAGGAGCGCAUCACCGGCAUCAAUGACCCCAGGCUGCGCAACCCAUCAGACAAGUUCAUUUAUGCCACAGUGAAGCAGAGUUCGGUGGACAUCUACUUCCGGCGCCAAGUGGAGCUGAGUACUAUGUAUCGUCACAUGGAGAAACACAACUACGAAAGCGCCGCUGAGGCCAUCCAAGCUGUGCGUGACAACAAACUGCACGCGUUUAUCUGGGACUCUGCCGUCCUGGAGUUUGAGGCAUCACAGAAGUGUGAUUUGGUGACAACAGGAGAGCUAUUCUUCCGCUCCGGCUUUGGCAUAGGCAUGCGGAAGGACAGCCCUUGGAAGCAAAAUGUUUCACUGUCCAUUCUCAGCUCUCAUGAGAAUGGCUUCAUGGAAGAACUAGAUAAAACCUGGGUGAGAUACCAGGAGUGUGACUCUAGGAGUAACGCACCGGCCACACUCACAUUUGAGAACAUGGCAGGUGUGUUUAUGUUGGUUGCCGGGGGUAUCGUUGCUGGAAUCUUCCUCAUCUUUAUUGAGAUUGCAUACAAACGCCACAAAGAUGCCCGCAGAAAGCAGAUGCAACUGGCCUUCGCUGCGGUCAAUGUGUGGAGGAAGAAUCUACAGGAUAGGAAAAGUGAUAGAGCAGAGCCCGUCUCCAAACAGAAAGCCUCUUUUAGGUCCAUCAGUACCUCCCUGGCCUCCAACAUCAAGAGACGUAGGUCCUCCAAAGACACGCCUUAUCCCACGGACAUCACAGGCCAACUCAACUUGUCAGACCCCUCUGUUAGCACAGUGGUGUGAGAAAGAAAGAUGGAGAAAAGACUGGAGAUAGACUUUUGACUGAAAAAGAGAGAGGAUUCUGGUUGUGGGCCAGAAGUGCUGGUCUGCUGCUGCUACGCUGCCUGAGCCGUUGCCUUUUCCUUAUUUUGCUGUCUACCCAUAUAGAAUGUUUUGCCCAUUCUACCGGAAUCCCACCAAACAGGACAGACAGGAACCAGAAAGACAGCAUCCCACUGUCACACUGUGCCAGUUCACACUGGAGCCAAACUGCACGUUUUUGUGGACCGACCUAGCACAAUGACAGCUUUAGGCUGUUUUUUUUAUUUAUUCAACUUUAUAAUCUGUCUGCUAUUGUCCCGUUGUGCUGUUUACUGUAUUUACAAAACAACAAGAAUUCUGUUUUGUUUUGUUACCAGAGACCGUUUCACCCCUGGAUUGCAACAUGUUGUCCUGCACUGUGUUAUUUGAUUUUCAAAACACGAUAGAUUUGAUAGAUCAGAAUGUUUAAUGUCACUGUCUUACUACCUCCAUUUAUUUAGAAUAACCUUAGACAUUUACUGUAGAUAUAUGUAUUUUGUACUGCAUUUUCAUAGUUUUUUUCUUUGUGUUCUUUAUCAGCCGUUUUUUUGUUAGCUUUAGGCUAAUGCUGUGUAGUUUGUGCAAUAAUUACGCAAACGUGGAUGAUUUCUAAAUAAGUGGCAUGCAGUAAUAUCAAUACCUUAUGUGUAAAUCCGAGCUAAGAAAAGUUUCUGUUGUAGCACUCAGUUUAGCUGCAGUCUUUCUUUAUCUGUCUUCGUUAAUACUUUUUCAUGAGUUCAUUUUCUUUUUUCUCUCAGUGGUGGUAAAGUAUUUAAUUGGCUGGCAAGUGGCAAUACCUUCAGCGUUCAUUAUACUACAGUAUCGCGGCGCCAAAUGCCUUUGGCAAGACAGCGACAAAAGAGCUGGCUCUAACAGAAAUACACAGGGACAGGGGUGUUGUAGGCUACUUGUUGUUUAUUGAAGAAUAUUGUCUGUCAAUACUGUUGCAUUGUUUUUUUUUACACAGUAUAGGAAAGUCAUUCAUGAAAAUGUAUUCUUCAGUCAACAUUAAGUCUCUCUGUAAAGUAUUUAUUUUACAUCAAGACAUCAUUGAGGAUAACAAAUGAGAUGUUGCUAACUGUUGUAACCUAAAUGUAGCUGCCCUCUCUUCCCCCAGAUGAUUCACAUUUCUGUUUUUUUUUUUUAACCCUAAAUUGUCCCACCUGAUUUUAAUAUUAAACUAAUCAUCAAGCGUUUUACAAAAUGAUCAGAUGUGCCAGUUUAGGGUUAAAACAUAAAUGUGAAACAUCUGCUGUGGCUCGAGGAGGAGUUUGGAAAACGAUGUAAAAGCUAUCAAAGAUUCUCAUCACUCAAGCAAAAAGCAGCACCAUGCAGAGAGAUGGUUCAGAUGCAGAUAUAGGAAGAGACUAUGAACGUUGCAUAUACAUUAUUGUGACAUGUACAUCAUUUCCGGAUGCUUUGAGAGUAGUUGCAUUGAAAGAGAUUCCCUCUCUUUGGGUCAAAGUAUCCUGUAAUGCUAUCUACGUCAUUGUACUGUGUAUCGUGUCCAUAUGUAUAAUAUCAAUUCAUGUUUAAUCAACUGUAGGGGCUUUAUAGUAAUUGGCUAAGAUGGCUGUGGUAGAUGUGUGGUUAACCCUAAGUAAGUUACUACCAUGUAUUACUAAUAUUAUAAUAUAUUUCACUAUAUUACUGUAUUUAGCUUUAUAUAUGAAAUUAGAUAAAUAAGACCCCCCCCACCCCUUUCAAUUACUGUUACUGAAAAUACGCUGGCAUUUAGUCUGCCGAUAGCAAAUUGGCUAACUGCAAAAACAAGAUAUUGUAUAAAGUUUGUUUUCUUAAAAACAGUAAAAUGCUAAAGUGUAACAGCUAAAUUGUAUUCUAAAUACAGUUCCUCACUCAAAAUCUAAAAUUCUUUAGUUUAGUAUUUUUGUACUAAAUCAAAGUGAGGGCCUUGCUCAUAAUAUUUGUGAGAACUUAAGAAUGUUAAACAUGUACCUGUAACUGCUAGACAAGUGUACUGUAUUUUAUGAGAGGAUGAUAUGUUUUUCUGCAAUUGGCCUAAGAUAUUAGACUUAGAGAGAGACAGAAAUGUAUCUUUCUGGAUCAACUUUUUUUUAUUAUGGUUGAAAUGUUUAUGGGCAAAUGUUUUGUAGAAAUGUUUCUUUAUUAUUCAAGUAAAAUAAUGUGGCAGAGUUCAAUAUUACUACUAAUAAUGUAGCCAUCAACUAGAGAUCUGAAGUUUAGCUAUGGUUGUCUUACUGUUUUCAUGGAUAUGGAAAUGGUCAAAUGGUUAAGUAAGUAUAAUAAGUCUAAAUGAAGUUCAAAUAAGUUUUAAUGAUGUACAAAUUGUACAUUGUAAAUUGUAUCUUUGAUAAUGUAAUUUCCAGGGAUCAUGAUUAUUCGCAGCAAAUCCUGCCUAUUAACUCUAUCAAAUGUUAUAAUUGUUUGACAGACCUACUUAUUUCUCAAAACAGCAUUUAUUCAGAAUGCAUUAUAAUUCAAAUAGUGAGUUGGGUUUAAUAGGCAGUGCAAGUGAACAUUUUGGUUUGCUUGUGAAAAGUGCAAAGGUUAUGUUGGUCCAGAGGGUUUAGUGGUGGCAAUGCUUGGGAAAACGAUAUGGCAUUGUGUGAUAGAAUUAAAGACUGUAAGUACAGGGUACAAUGGCCAAUCAGAGGACUCAGAAACAUUGUUUUUCUAUUCUUUAAAAGUAAAAAUACAAUAUUUUAAGAUAGUAAGUUAGGCAUCUAUAACCUAAGCAAUCACUACCAAAUGUGCUUUCUAUUUAAUUCCUAUGUUGUGUGAAUUAUUAAUAAAAAGUAAUAUAAUAUCUCUC